GCUUGAUGGAGGGUAGAGCAAGACAGGAGGAGAGCAGUUUUCAGCCCUUCUGAAUCUUUCAUAAGGGAGAUCCUCCAACAUCAAGCUGCCCGGAUGGACUGAGAGAAAGAGUUGAGGUGUGCAUUCAGUGACAAAGGGGCACAGAGAAAAGGAAGCAGAUAGAGAGUUCACUGAGCUGAGCACUUUACAGAAACCAGGAGGGACAUGGCAGAGAAGUGGUGUUGAGAAGAGGAAUUCUUCUCUUCUGGAAGGAGCUCUAUGUGACCCUGCUGUGGGUAAAGCUCCUCCAUGAACCUCUGAUGAACAGAAGACCAGCAGGAAAGCGUAGCGCGUGAGCCAAAGGAAAGAAGGAGGGAGAGGGCACGACUGCUGUGUGGCUAAUCCCUAAACCCGUGAAGAACGGGGAAAAGGGGGAAGGAUAGAAAGCACAGAGGCAACACAAACAACAAAAGGGUAUGUGUGAGCUGGCCUUUCCCUGGGUGAAUGUUUGUUUGUGUGUGAGGUAGCCUCAAUCUUUCCGCUACACCAUUUCAGCCCAGUAUAAACUUCUGGAUAGAGGACCAAAUCAGCUGUACAUGACCAGCUGAUGUGACUGAAUUAGGACUGAAAGGAUAAAAAGACUCAAUGCAGCCUGCAGGGAUGUCAUCCAACGAGCUGAGCGUUGAGAUGGACUCCUGCAUCCGGACGUUCAAGGAGCACAUGCACCUGGAGCUGGAGCCUCCCAAAAUCCCAGGUGUGGUGGGAGGGAAGAGGGGUGCCACGUCCCCAAAGCUGUCCCCAAGAAGCUCCCCGCGCCUCUUCCGCAAGCUGAUGGUCAACAAGAGCAUCCGACAGAGGCGGCGCUUCACUGUAGCUCAUACCUGUUUUGAUGUGGAGAAUGGCCCGUCUGCCAGCUGCAGCCCUCUGGACCCCCAGGCCUCCCCCGGCUCUGGUCUGGUCCUUCACACUAACUUCCCCGGUCAUAACCAGCGGCGAGAGUCCUUCCUCUACCGCUCUGACAGCGACUAUGAUCUGUCACCCAAGUCCAUGUCACGAAACUCCUCCAUCGCCUCUGAACUACAUGGUGACGACCUGAUAGUGACGCCUUUUGCUCAGGUUCUGGCAAGCCUUCGAAGUGUGAGGAAUAACUUCACUGUCCUGACCAAUGUCCAGUGUGCCUCCAGCAAGAGGUCUCCUGCAGCAACCACUCAGCCUCCGAUCACCAGAGUUUGUCUCCCAGAUGAGGCGUACCAGAAGCUGGCCAUGGAGACGAUGGAGGAGUUGGACUGGUGUUUGGACCAGCUGGAGACCAUCCAGACCUACCGCUCUGUCAGCGACAUGGCCUCCAACAAGUUCAAGAGAAUGUUGAAUCGGGAGUUGACGCACCUAUCUGAGAUGAGUCGGUCUGGGAAUCAGGUUUCCGAAUUCAUCUCCAACACCUUCCUAGACAAACAGAAUGAGGUGGAGAUACCAUCACCGACAUCCAAGACGCGAGAGAAGAAGAAGCAGCAGAAGCAGCAGCUGAUGACACAGAUCAGCGGAGUCAAGAAGGUCUCCCACGGGCCCUCGCUCUCCAGCAGCAGUAUCUCGCGCUUUGGCGUCAAAACGGAUAAGGAGGAGCUGCUGUCCAAAGAGCUGGAGGACCUCAACAAGUGGGGCCUGAACAUCUUCACCGUUUCUGAGUACUCCCACAACAGACCUCUUACCUGCAUCAUGUACGCCAUCUUCCAGGAGCGAGACCUGUUAAAGACAUUUAAGAUCCCCUCGGACACGUUCGUAGCCUACAUGAUGACAUUGGAAGAUCACUACCAUUCAGAUGUGGCCUACCAUAACAGCCUGCACGCUGCUGACGUAGCCCAAUCCACACACAUCCUCCUCUCCACUCCAGCCCUGGAUGCGGUCUUCACAGAUCUUGAGAUCCUAGCAGCCAUCUUUGCUGCAGCUAUCCAUGAUGUUGACCAUCCAGGGGUAUCAAACCAAUUCCUAAUCAAUACCAACUCUGAGCUGGCGUUGAUGUAUAACGAUGAGUCUGUGCUGGAGAACCAUCACUUGGCUGUUGGAUUCAAGCUGCUACAGGAAGACAACUGUGACAUCUUCCAGAACCUCACUAAGAAGCAGCGACAGUCCCUCCGCAAGAUGGUCAUUGACAUGGUUUUGGCCACUGACAUGUCCAAACACAUGAGUCUGCUGGCUGAUCUGAAGACGAUGGUGGAGACAAAGAAGGUGACAAGCUCUGGAGUGCUGCUGCUGGACAACUACACCGACAGGAUACAGGUGCUGCGUAACAUGGUGCACUGUGCUGACCUGAGUAACCCCACCAAGUCCCUGGAGCUCUAUCGGCAGUGGACUGAUCGGAUAAUGGAGGAGUUCUUCCACCAGGGAGACCGAGAGAGGGAGAGGGGGAUGGAGAUCAGCCCUAUGUGUGAUAAACACACAGCCUCAGUGGAGAAGAGCCAGGUGGGUUUCAUCGACUACAUCGUGCACCCUCUGUGGGAGACCUGGGCCGAUCUGGUCCACCCUGACGCCCAGGACAUCCUGGACACACUGGAGGACAACAGGAACUGGUACCAGAGCAUGAUCCCCCAGAGUCCCUCCCCGCCCUUCUACGACCAGGGCACGCACGGACACAGCGGAGGGACUGGAGGUCAGGGUGGCGGGGAGAAGUUUCAGUUUGAGCUCACCCUGGAGGAGGAGGACUUAGAUGGAAUAGAUGGAAAAGAUGGCGAAGGGGAGGAGGAUGAGGAGGAAGAAGAUGAGGAAGAGUUAGAAGAGGAGGAGGAUAGUUUAGGAGAUUCUCGGUCUCCUCCCCUGGACUAUUUGGACGGUCAGGAGCUGGACGAGGGCGGCAUGAUGGAGCCGGCAAUAGAGAUCGUGACACACGAGGCGUCACCCACAGACACAUAGGGCUUCCAUCAUCAGGCUCACAUGGUGAUUUGAAAGUUUUUUGGCAAAAGAGGGGAGAUCCUCUUGCAGCUGUGCUUUUUAAUAAGCCCACAGAAGCAAGGGCUUAGUUUGGUCCCGCACAGGGGCGUCUUGCACUUGGGUGUUUGAAGCCAGACACGGACGGACAGUUUCAGUGAGGCGGCUUCAGAGUUCUCAGGAAAUAAUUACUGCGAACAUUUUAGUCUUGAUGGACAGACGAGACUGAAGGUGGAACUUGAAGGAUUUUGGCCAGUUUGGGAAAUGGUUACUUUUCUUUUCUGGACUGGCAUUAAAUGGACAUCGACACUACUGAGAGAAGUUUUUUACCUUAAGACUUUUUUACAGAUAUGAUAUGAUCUAGAAGUAGCAUAGAGUAAGAUCUACUGACGGAGACACAUUUGUAUAGCAAGAGAAAGUGUUUACUUUUUUCCUGUACCAUUUGUCAAAGGACUUUUGUGUGCCUUUUUUACUAUUGUCUUUAUAAUAGUUUUUUUUAUUUAUUGAACACUCUAGUAUGUCUGUGAAAUGUUUUUUUUCUUAUCUGAAAGAGCAAAAUCUUUUUUGUAUGUUAAAAAGAGAACAGUCUUCCAUGUAUUGGGCAAUAGAGAAAUCCAAACAAACGUCGACAAACAACUCUUGGACAAACUCAUCUGAAUAGGGAAACAUUAACACCCACAUUACACGCACGUUUUGUCACAUUUGUUUUUCCAAUCUGAGCACAAUGUUUUACACAUGGAAUACAAAUGUUCACUCAUGGUUCAUGUUACAUGUUUAGUUUGUUGCUUUCUAUAUCAGAUGUCGGUCAAUGAAUGUCACAGUCACACUGAAAUACAUCCCAACUAUUUUCUUUCUC